GUAUAUGACAGUACGUCAGCAGCGGGAUGGCCGUAGCUGUGGCGGCGGCUGCAGAAGCCCUAGCAGCCGCGGCCGCAGUGGAGGCUAGAGCCCGAGCGGCGUCGGCGUCCGCACCCCUGGGAGUUUAAGAUGGCGGCAGGGGGGGCGGCGGGCCUGCGGGAGGAGCAGCGUUAUGGGCUGUCGUGCGGACGGCUGGGACAAGACAACAUCACCGUACUGCAUGUGAAGCUCACCGAGACGGCGAUCCGGGCGCUCGAGACCUACCAGAGCCACAAGAAUUUAAUUCCUUUUCGACCUUCAAUUCAGUUCCAAGGGCUCCAAGGGCUUGUCAAAAUCCCUAAAAAUGACCCCCCCAAUGAAGUGCAUACCUUUAACUUCUAUUUGUCAAAUGUGGGUAAGGACAACCCUCAGGGCAGUUUUGACUGCAUCCAGCAAACAUUUUCCAGCUCUGGAGCCUCCCAGCUCAAUUGCCUGGGAUUCAUACAAGAUAAAAUUACAGUGUGUGCAACGAAUGACUCAUAUCAGAUGACACGAGAAAGAAUGACCCAGGCAGAGGAGGAAUCCCGCAACCGAAGCACAAAAGUUAUCAAACCCGGUGGACCAUAUGUAGGGAAAAGAGUGCAAAUUCGGAAAGCGCCUCAAGCUGUUUCAGAUGCAGUGCCUGAGAGGAAACGGUCAACCCCCAUGAAUCCUGCAAAUACGAUUCGAAAGACUCACGGAGGCAGCAGUGUUUCUCAGCGUCCAUAUAGGGACAGGGUGAUUCACUUACUGGCACUGAAGGCUUACAAGAAACCGGAGCUCCUGGCUCGACUGCAGAAAGAUGGUGUCAAUCAGAAAGACAAGAACUCCCUUGGAGCAAUUCUGCAACAGGUAGCCAAUCUGAAUCCUAAGGACCUCUCGUAUACCUUAAAGGAUUAUGUUUUUAAAGAACUUCAAAAAGACUGGCCUGGAUACAGUGAAAUCGACAGACGGUCAUUACAGUCAGUGCUCUCGAGAAAACUAAAUCCAUCUCAGAAUGCUGCCAGCACCAGCCGUUCAGAAUCUCCUGUAUGUUCUGGUAGAGAUGCUGCAUCUUCUCCUCAGAAACGGCUUUUAGAUUCAGAUUUCAUUGAUCCUUUAAUGAAUAAGAAAGCUCGAAUAUCUCACCUGACAAAUAGAGUGCCGCCAACAUUAAAUGGUCAUUUGAAUCCCACGAGUGAAAAAUCUGCUGCAGGCCUCCUGCCGCCUCCUGCAGCUGCUGCCAUCCCUACCCCUCCACCACUGCCUUCAACCCACCUGCCCGUUUCCAACCCUCCUCAGACUGUAAAUUCUAACUCCAAUUCCCCUAGCACUCCAGAAGGCCGGGGGACUCAAGACCUACCUGUUGACAGUUUUAGUCAAAACAGUAGUAUCUAUGAGGACCAGCAAGACAAAUAUACCUCUAGGACUUCUCUGGAAACCUUACCCCCUGGUUCAGUUCUACUAAAGUGUCCAAAGCCUAUGGAAGAAACCCAUUCAAUGUCUCACAAAAAGUCCAAAAAGAAGUCUAAAAAACACAAGGAAAAGGACCAAAUUAAAAAGCACGACAUUGAGAUGACUGAAGAAAAGGAAGAGGACCUUAAAAGAGAAGAAGAGGAAAUUGCCAAGCUGAACAACUCCAGUCCAGAUUCCAAUGAAGGAGUUAAAGAGGGCUGCACUGCCUCCACGGAGCCUUCUUCAACAAUUGAACUCCCAGAUUAUUUGAUAAAAUACAUUGCUAUCGUCUCCUAUGAGCAACGCCAGAAUUACAAGGAUGACUUCAAUGCUGAAUAUGAUGAAUACAGGGCCUUGCAUGCCAGGAUGGAGACUGUAGCUAGACGAUUUAUCAAACUUGAUGCACAACGAAAGCGGCUUUCUCCAGGCUCAAAAGAGUAUCAGAAUGUUCAUGAAGAAGUCUUACAAGAAUAUCAGAAGAUCAAGCAGUCCAGUCCCAAUUAUCAUGAAGAAAAAUACAGAUGCGAGUAUCUUCAUAACAAGCUGGCUCACAUCAAAAGACUAAUAGGUGAAUUUGACCAACAGCAAGCAGAGUCAUGGCACUAGAUCUCUGCUUGGACCAGAAGAUGUGAAUAAACUUAAGCUUAUUUAUUUAAAAUUCCAAAUGAGUUGCUCUAAGAUGCUAAAAAAAUGAAACUUUGCUUGUUGAAAGUUUCAGUAUUAGUAAACUUGAGUUAUUUACUUUUUUUUUUUUUUUUUCCAUUUUACUUUGCUUCCCUGCAUUUUUGAAGCUGCUUUUUCUGGUCCUUCUUCCCAUGCCUACCCCACCCCCAAGACUUAUGUUUGUCAAUAGAAAUAAUUUUUUUUAGAUAUUGGAGAUCCAGUGUCUAUACUUCAAAUCAGCUCUUUUCCUUAAAAACUUAUGUUUGUCAUUAGAAAUGAUUUUUUUUAAGAUAUUGGGGAUCCAAUGUCCAUACUUCAAAGUUAUGUGUGUUAAAAAAAAAAAACAGUAAUGUGCAAGGUGAAAUGCUUUUGGAUAAACAUAAGCCUAUUUUCUGACCUUUCUUAACGCAAACUCUUUGCCUUAAAUGGUAGAAUAUUUAGAAAUUUGCACAAAAUACAAAAAAAAAAUUUAAAACAUUGUUUUGGAGGGUUAAGAAAUAGAAAGGUGUAUGUGUAUGUGUAUAAAUAUGCACACAUAUGUACAUACAGGCUGACUUGAUCUAGAACAGUAAAUCCGCCCUGCAAGUUAACCCCCCAUUGCAAUGAUUGCCUUAAGGUGUUUGCUAGUUGUGUACAUAGUGUGGUUAAUCAUUAGCUACACUACUUCCCACUUGGUUAGAGCAAUGGGAAGUAUACUGUGGCCUACCAGCGUCUGAAAGCGUGUGCUCGACCAGUAUGUAUGCAGAGGUGGUGUGGAUGUGAGCGUGCAUGGAGGAAAAAAGCUGCUACUCUCAGUAGGCCAAACGCUCAGGUUAAACAACAGACGAGUGUUACUGUAGGGUUUUUUGUUUUCGUUUUUGUUUUUUUUUUUUUUCUGUCAAAUUGCUACUUCUAUCGUGGAAGACAAAAGCAUUUCCAUUUCAACAGUUUGUCAGCUUUAUUAAUGUUGGGCAAAAUCAAUAUGUUAUGAAAAUGAAACAGAUCUAUAGUUUUGGGGCAAAAUUAUAAAAUUAAACAUGUAGGUAACCUAUUUAUAUACUGCUAUAAAGUAUUUUUUGAAGAGAGAUAUGCAAAGAAGCUAUUACCUACAUGAAAUGUAUAUUUAAAGAUUUUUUUUCAUCCUGGAAGCCAGGAAUAUAAAAAAGAGCAGAUAUAUUUAACCAUAACAUACUGUGAUUCAUCAAACAGCACAAACUUUCAUUUCAUGGAGUUUAUCUGUUGACGUUGAUUUAAACUAUCAUUUGUUUUAUCAUGUGGGAACAUAAGUUAUGUGGUCAAAAAUAUAAGGAUUUUGAACUAAUGUUGAUUCAAGUUGUGUUGUCUUAUCGUAUUGUCUUUUCAAAGUGCUGCCAGUUGAAAAGGGAAGCAUUAUGUUUACAAAUCUGUUUUGAAAUGUUUGCCAAAAUUUUGGUAGUAUCUUUAAUAAAGAUGUUUGUCUCCAGCAUCCAAAAAAUAAAUAAAUAAAUAAGUAACUUUGUUGUGUAUCGGUAUAAACCAGAAAAUGUUGGUAUCUAGAGAACCUGAGAGCAUGUAGAUGAACUUUUCUCUUUGAAUUCUUCUAAAACAUUAACUGGAAAGAGUAGAUAAUAUAGAAAUGUAUGCAGAAGUAAAAGACGAUACAAAGACUGAUACAAGACCCUGUACACUAUAACUCUGUAACAUUACUACAGGAAUUUGAUUUUUCUGUAGCACAGACGUCCUAAAGAAUUGGUUUCUUUUAGCGUUGAGAUCCCUGGUGCUCUUCCUUUUACCUCAGAAUUGGUACAAUCAUUACUAAAUGUUCAUUGAUUUCAAACUUUGAGUUGAAAAAAGAUAGGAAAUGGGAAUAAAUGUGUUCCUUAUA